AUGGCAGCUGCUGCCUCAAACCACCAUCCCGAAAACAAACGCACCAUCGCCAUUAUCUUCAGACGCCGCCGGCGUUUCAAAGAAACCACCAUAUCCACCUCCGCCGCCGCCACCCACCACCAUCACCCAUCUGCUGUUUCACCUGAAAACACUUCCUGGUGUUGCCCUCCCGGUGUCUCAUCCUACAAACCCUCAUCUCCACCUCCACCGCCACCGGCCGUCAUAACCACCACUAACCCAGAAUCGACUUCAAUUUCACCCGUGGUGGUUCCCUCGCCGGAAUCUUUAUCUACCGAAAAGGAACGAGCUUUACAUUCCGAUUCACCGUUAAAUCUUGAAAACCCCCAACUGGUACACACUAUGACCACCACCACCACCACCACCACCGUCUACGGCGGCGACGGUAACAAUCAAGACACAUUGCCGUCUUCUUUUACCCAUUUUAACUCUGCUCUCACCGCCGGGCUCUUGAAUCCCAUAUCGUCUCCACCGCCGGCGUCGCCCAACGAUAAAAGCCGAUCUAGCCCGACUCUUUUCGAGAUGAUGGCUAACGAACCCGAUUCCAAGAUCCCAAACAAUGCAAAUGGAGUUUUUCAAAAUACGACCUUAAAGAGACUCGGUAAUGGCCAUGUGAUCCCACCGCCGAUGGUGGUGGUUGACAAGCAAGCUUCGAUGCAACAAAGGUUGUCGGAGAUUUUGGCUUGCCGGAGCCCUGGAAACCAGUUCAAUGAUCCGAAUUCGAGCGAUGUGAAGCUGACUUUGAGCUCGAAGGAUGGUUUGUGUGUUUGUAUGAAUGUUCAUCGGCAGAUCUUGGUGGGUCAUAGUCGGUUUUUUGCUGUUCAGUUAUCGGAUUAUCGCCGGAAAAUGGGGAACAGUAUUAAUUAUCCUUAUAUCGUUGAAAUUGCUGAUUGUGAUGAUAUUGAGGUUUAUAUCGAGUCUAUUAGGUUGAUGUAUAGUGAAGAUUUAAAGAGGAGGCUCAUGAAGGAAGACGUUCCUAGGGUUCUUGGUAUCUUGAAGGUGUCGGCCGCAAUCGGGUUCAAUGCCGGGGUUUUGUCUUGUUUGGAGUACUUAGAAGCCGCUCCAUGGGCCGAGGAUGAAGAAGAAAAGGUUGCAUCUUUAUUAUCGGAACUUCAACUUGAAGGGGUCGGCGCGGUUGAAGUUUUAAAGCGGGUUUCGGUCGAUGUUACACCUGGGGACGAUGAAAUUAACAACCAACAAGUACUUCUUAAACUUUUACACGUAGUUCUCGAAGGAAAAGAUGAAAAAGCUAAGCGAGAGAUGAAAGUUUUGGUCUCGAAAAUGCUUCACGAUAAUUCAUCAAAAAACGAUUUGCGGAAAGAAUCUUUGUACUCGGCUUGCGACAAGUGUUUACAUUCGUUACGACACCAUUUCUUGAAAGCUUCGAGAGGAGACUUCCAAGAUGUGGCCCAAAUCACACGGCAAUCGGGUAAUUUACACUGGCUUCUUGACAUUUUAAUUGAUCGACAAAUUUCCGAGGAUUUCUUGAAGUUAUGGGCUUCACAAAUCGAAUUAUCCGAAGCACAUUCCAAAGUUCCUGCACUCCAUAGAUUCGAAAUCAGCAGAGUUACGGCAAGAUUAUUUGUCGGGAUCGGAAAAGGUCAACUUUUAGCAUCGAAAGAUUCAAGAUGUUUGCUUUUACAAACAUGGUUGGUUCCGUUUUAUGAUGAUUUCACUUGGAUGAGGAGAGGGUCGAGAGGGCUAGAUCGUCAUUUAAUCGAAGAAGGGCUAAGCAAUACAAUUCUGACUUUGCCGCUGGCUCGGCAACAAGAAAUCUUGAUGGCUUGGUUUGAUCGGUUUUUGAACUCGGGUGAUGAUUGCCCAAAUAUACAAAGAGGGUUUGAAGUCUGGUGGAAAAGGGCUUUUUGGAGAAAGCCAGAAAGGCCUUUUCCACCAAACUCAUGAGAUUCUUUUGGGUCUGAUGAUGGCUUCCCGCGGUUUUGUUAACCACGCUGCGUUUUGUUCGUUUCUUCAUUUUUAGUAUAGCUCGAUUACAACCACUGUUUCCUCCAGAUGUUAAUUGGUGUUGUCACAAUCAAAUAUACAUUUUCUCACCCAACUUCACAUAUGAAUAUGAGAUAGAUUUCUUUAUGAAUAAAAGAAGU